AUGGCGGACACUACCUCGGCCACUGCGCCGAAUGCAUCAGCGUCAAACAACGAUAACGCAGCAAGCACCAAUAGCACAACCGCAAACAAUAACAAUAACAAUAAUAACACAAAUCAAUCGCAACAAAACCCUUCAAAAAAUCCAGGCGCAAACCCUGCCACUCCUUCGGCCGGCGCGCCUGCAACGGCAGCAAACGAGAAUCGCGGAUUGCCCUAUUACGAAAAGCUUCGACGUGAAUUACGUGAUACUCUACAGAAGAAACGGCUUAUGGAUAAAAGCAUGAUACAACUAGAAGACCAAAUCUUCCGCUUUGAACAAUCCUACCUCGAAGACACAAGCGCAGGCAACAUAAUCAAGGGAUUCGAUAACUACAUCAAAGGCUCGAGUGGCACCUCUGGACUCAGUGGAGGGGCAGGCACUCUCUCAUUAUCAGGCGGAGCAGGAGCGGGAGGAACAGCGCGACGAAAGGCAAUGGUUUCCGAUAAUGAUCGGGUAUUUAGUAAGAGCUCGGCUUCUUUUAUGAGGGACUCGCCUACUCCGUCUUCAGCACAAACUACACCGUCCCAUGCCCCGACCCCAACAUCUUCGCACGGCGGUCCUUCGUCUACUUCUAAUAACGCCGCUGGAGGAGGCGGUGGUGGUGGCGCCAAGUCAGAAGGGUCAAAGGGCGGUUCGUCAAAGAAUAAGAAGAAAAAUAGUGCAUCUACCCCCGGAGCUGCGAAGGAUGAGUCGGAUGCUGAUGUUGAUAAUGGCUCAAGUAAGCCGGCCGCGAAGAGGUUGAAGAUAAGUUAUGGGCGUGAUUGA